AUACACACCGCCGAGGCUCAGCCUUGUGCCUCCGGAAGUCACUUCGAAUAUUGUCUGUCACAUUGGACCGUUGAACCACAGAUUUCUCACAAGCCAUGACGAUAUUUAAUUCAGAUUAUCAAAUAGACAUCCCUAAGCAGGACAUACUCACUUUUCUAUUCACCAAGACGCCCUUCAAGAACAACGACCCGAUAUGGCUCGACGCCAUCAACCCAAAACUCAACGUGACACUCGCUAAAGCCAAAGAGCUCACACAACGUAUCGGCCAGGGUCUCCGAGACCUCGGUAUCGGGAGCAAAGAUGGCAGCGAGGACAUUGUCCUCUCGUACAUUGAGAACCAAGUUAUGGUUGCGCCGACCACAUUUGGCGUCUUAUGUGCAUCAGGCAUCCACGCGACAUGUCCCAUGACGGCAACGGCGUUCGAGCUCGCCCGGCAAAUAAAGCUGAGCGGUCCGAAGAUUCUGAUAUGCUCACCACAGACGCGAAAGGUCGCUGAGGAAGCGAUAUCGCAAGCUGGCAACAACAAUAUCAAACUUCUUGUCAUGAUGUCGGAGUCGUUAGAUAUCGUGGAUGCGAGCGGCAAGUCCAUCAUCAGUGACAAACAUUUACAAUGGCGGAGGAUGACGGACCCAUCGGUCCUGGAGAAUACAACGGCAUGCCUAGUCUAUUCGAGUGGCACUACGGGCGUGCCAAAAGGUGUACGAAUCACCCAGUCAAAUAUUGUGGCCAACCUAUGCCAGAUGGCUUACCACUUCGAUCACUUCGCAGGCAAAGCCAUCGCGGAAGGCGAAUAUCUCCGCAUGCCUGGCAUCAUGCAGAACGCUGUGGUCCUCGGUAUUACCGUGCAGACCAUGAUGGCCUUGCAGUGCGGCAUACAAGUGUACAUGUUCAAGAAAUUCGACUUCGACUAUCUGAUUCAGUGCAUACGCACCUACAAGUUCUCCACGUUCUUUAUGGUUCCUGCCGUCUGGAACAGGAUAUCGAAUGAGUGCUCAAAGGAAGAUCUGGCGUCAUCUCGAUUCUGCAUGAGUGGGGCGUCGCCGCUGCCGCUGCCUUUGCAACUCAAGGUGCAGGAGAUGCUGCCUGAGGGUGUCAUGCUCAGAGUCAACUGGGGCAUGACGGAGACUACGACGGGUGCGGCUCAGCCUGCGCCUACAGAAGUCGACACGGAGGGCAGUUCUGGGCGAUUGCUGCCGAACUUGCAGGCAGUUAUUCUCGGUGGUAACGGAGAGACACUUGGAGUCAAUGAGGACGGAGAAUUGUGUGUGAAGGGACCCAAUAUCAUUCGUGAAUACUUCAAGAAUCCGGAAGCUACGAAGAGUGCCUUCACACCGGACGGCUGGUUCCGUACUGGUGAUGUCGCGCAUUUCUCGGAAGAUGGGAAACUUUUCAUUGUCGGACGUUCCAAGGAACUUCUCAAGUAUAAAAGCCACCAGAUAUCUCCUACCGAGUUGGAAGGCGUCCUGGGUUUAUUUCCUGGUAUUGCUGAUGUCGGCAUCAUUGGCGUUCCUGACGGUAAUGCCAAUGAUCUGCCGCGGGCGUACGUCGUCAUUUCACAGACCAGCCAGCCAGGGUCAGUGACGGAGAAGGACAUCCAUGAAUUCCUGAAUCCCAAAGUGAGCUCGUACAAGCGUCUAAGGGCCGGUAUUGCUUUUGUCAAGGAGAUUCCACGAAACCAUAACGGUAAGAUUAUGCGGAAUGUCUUGAAAGAGUGGGCCGAGAAGGAUGUCCAGAAUAACGGCAGGGCGAAGCUGUAA